AUGCCAUCUGUUGCGGCUCUCGGUCUACGAGCCACAUUCCAGCAAUGGUACGCCGAUGAACAUCAGAUUACAUUCGAUUUCCCUCCUGAAUGGAUCCAAUCGACUUUCCUCAUGCUAUCCUUAUUCGCCGGUUUCUUAUCAGUCACAGCUGGCAUCACUUCUCAUAUAGUUGUGGGUAUAUCGAAAGUGAUUGUGUUACCGUAUAUCUUAUCGAUUGGAACAUUGGUAAUCGGCGGAGCUUUCAUCACAUCACAGUGGAAUGAAAAUCGUUCAGUUGAUGCGCCGUUGCCGUUCAGAAACGUUAUUGGAAAAGCUUUGACGGUGAUACGCUCGAAUCCGAUGGCAUUUGUGAUAAGUGUAACGUCAUGUUGUGCUGAGAUGGCAUCUCAAAUGUUUGUGUUCGUGUGGGCUCCGCUUUUCAUUCGUGCGGAACAUAGUAGCAUGAAAAGGUAA